AAUAUGAGUUAUCUUAACAUUACAUAAUAAUAUAUUAUUUACGCUAGCUUUCGAAGCGAGGUGUUAUUCUCUGAGUGACUUCCAAAGGAUUCAUAUUAACUACCAAAAAUGGAGGCUGUUGUUUUUGAUGGAAGCUCUCUUAACUUAUAUUACCAAAAGGACUACCCAUUACCGAAGCUGGAGAAUGAUGAUGACGUCAUCGUGAAGGUCCACUACUCAGGCAUCUGCGGCACUGAUCUCCAUAUCAUACAGGGUGAAUUCCCAGCUAUCAAGACCCGUCCCAUACCUUUGGGUCACGAGUCUUCAGGAGUCAUCCAUCAGGUUGGAAAGAACUCUAUCUUCAAAGUGGGACAGAAAGUUGUCAUCGACCCAAACACGUCUUGCAGCCUAUGUGACUUCUGCCGUAAGGGUAACUACCAGUACUGUCUGACCGCUGGUAUCAACAGCACCAUUGGCAUCUGGAAGGAUGGUGGCUGGGCGCAGUAUGUACGAGUGCCACAGAGCCAGGUCUUCGCACUACCCGAUGGGAUUACCACUGAACAAGCUGGUCUCUGUGAACCAUACUCCUGCGUGUCCCACGGCUUCGACCGCGCAUCCCCCCUCAAAGUAGGAGACAAGAUUCUCAUUCUUGGAGCUGGUAUCAUUGGUAACCUUUGGAUCACAACCCUGCAUCAUCAUGGACACAGGGAAGUCACUGUCUCCGAGAUGAACCCGACUAGGCUGGAUAUCGUCAAGCGAUUAGACACCGGCUUCAGGCUUGUUACACCCGAUAUUUUAGCUAAGGAGAAGACUACAUAUGACGUUAUCAUCGACUGCACAGGUGUGGGUAAGGUUAUGGAGAUAUCCUUCAACUACAUGAAGGAGGGAGGAAAAUACGUGCUGUUUGGAUGCUGCCCCCCUUCACACACCUCAUCACUGAACCCCUUCGACAUUUACAACAAGGAGCUGACCAUUAUUGGAGUGAAGAUUAAUCCAUUCAGCUUCCCAAGCGCCAUCAGCUGGCUGAAGGCUAUGGGUACCAGGUAUCUGGACUACCACAAACUUGGAGUGAAGACCUAUAAACUUUCGGAGUAUAAGCAAGCUAUGGAGGACUUGAAAAAGGGCAGCGUUGCCAAGGCCGUGUUCAAAAUUAACCAGGAUUAAACACACGGACAGACUUAUAUACAGACAAGUUAUGUAUUAUGAUAUUUAUUGAUGAGAGUUCAGAGGUUUAUAUGAAUCUACAAUAUGGAAGGGACACCUAGUUGCACUGAUAGACCAGAUUGUCGAACUAUUCUAUUACUAGCUUCCGCCCGCGGCUUCGCCUGCGUCGUAUGUUGAUGAAAAGUAGCCUAUGUCCUAUUUCAGAGUGUAUUGUCUGUCUGUCUGUCUUCUGCAAAAUUUCAUUCAGAUCCGUCAAGCCGUUUUCGCGUGAUUGAGUAACAAACAUCCAAACAUCGUAACUAUCGCAUUUAUAAUAUUAGUAAUACCAUAUGCUAACAACGCAUUCUAUCCUAUUUCGGCCACACAGUGCGCAGAGGCGAUGAAAGUCUGGAAAAAAAUAUUGUCGUUGGGAACACCGAACGCGUGGUCGUUCACCAACCAGAUGGACCGAUUAAGUGAAAGGUUCAUCGUCCUCCGAGUUCUUCACGGUAGUGAGAGAUGGAUCGAAACCGAUGGAGGCGGAUCAUCCGCUCCAGAUGUUACCCCGAUGCUGACCACGAUCCACAGACAUGAGGGACCGACUAUAAGAAGAAUAUUUUUUUUUUUGUUGAUUUUGGCAACUGAGAAGAAGAAUAUUAGUAAGAAGCUAAGAUGACGUUUCAAAAAGAAGCUAAGAUGACGUUUCAAAACUAAUUUGGCGACGCACAUAGAUUGACGACAAUGGUCAACAGAUGGCGUAACAAGUUCUAAAUCACGCUAGUGAAGUUCGCGCGCAAAUAAACACAAAUAGAAAAUCCCUACGUACAACUGUUGGCAGUAGUCCACUAGGCUAAUCACCUCGCCUGCUCGGAAGAUCCUCCUUUGCCGAUAUUAGAGAACUUUACUUUCUGUACCCUAAAGUAUGUAGAUUUGUCUUUGAGUACUGGCUUUUUGAGCUUGUGGUAGCAAAUGAAAGAAGUCUUCACUAAACUUCAGCUCAUUGGUUUUUGACCUCUUAACAAUAAGUAUCAUAAUUGGCUAGCAAUCAUUAUGAUGUGGAAAAAUACAGCUAAGCAAAUAGAAUUAAAGUUUUUGUUCUUGUUAAGGA